AUGACGACGAGAGGUUCAAAACGGGGCGCAGAGGAGGAACUGGUCGAACUGCCAGAGGACGACGAGGGUUCUGAAGAAGAGGAAUAUGAAGAAAGCGAUCUGGACGGCGAAGAGGGCGAGGGAGACGAGGAUGACGAGGAAGAUGAGGAUGAGGUAGAAGCAGAGCCUGCUAAAGCGCCUGCUGCUCAGCCCAAGCCUAGCAAGAGGCAGAAGACUCAGCCGGUCGAGGUAGAUGAUGACGAAGAAGAAGAGGCAGAAGAUGACGGCGAGGUGGAUGCAGCCGAGUUGGAAGAUGAUGAAGAAGAAGCCGGCGAUGACGAUGACGACGAAGAUGCCGAGGACACCGCAACGAAAGGCGGUCCAGCCGCAAGCGCAAAGAAGAACAAGGGCGGAGUUGUUCCCAAAGAAGCCGAAUUGGCCGAAGUUGACGACGAGGACUAG